AUGAGUGGUGGGUCUAUGCAUUCUGUUUUGGUUGGGCUUGUGUGCCUGGCCAUUGCCUCUGCUAUUUCUUGUUCAAGUGUUGGAAGCUCCAACAACAUCAUGUGCUUGGAGAGUGAAAGGCAUGCUCUUCUCCAGUUCAAACAAGGCCUUGUGGAUAAGUCAAAUGCUCUUGCCUCUUGGAAAAGUGAGAAAGAUUGCUGCAAGUGGAGAGGAAUAGCGUGCAACAACCAAACAGGUCAUGUCACCAGACUUGAUUUCUCCUUUAAUUAUGAUCCAUAUCUCUAUUCUGCUGAAGUUCCUUUAAGUGGUGAAAUUAGUCCUUCACUACUUGAAUUGCAAUAUCUAAAUUACUUGGACCUCAGUUAUAUUGAUUUUGGAGAAAAUAUGAUUCCCAAGUUCAUUGGCUCUUUGAGUCAAUUGAAAGAACUCAAACUUGCAGAUGCUAAUUUUAGUGGACCUGUUCCUCCCCAACUUGGGAACCUCUCUAAUUUGCUCACUCUUGAUCUUUCCGGGAACGGAUAUAUUCGUUUAGAAAAUCUUGAGUGGUUAUCUCAUCUUUCUUCCUUGAGAUACCUGAACAUGUCAUAUCUAGAUUUGUCAAAGGUUGUGAAUUGGCCACAAUCUUUAAGCAAGCUCACUUUACUGACAGAGCUUCAGUUAUCUUCCUGUCAUCUUCCUGAUGUCAAUCUAAGAUCACUUUCCUUUAUUAAUUCUUCCACCUCUCUUCAAAUUCUUCACCUCUCUGAGAACUCUCUGCUUAAUUCUUCAAUAUUUUAUUGGAUAGCCAAUGUCAGCAGCAACUUUGUCCAUAUUGAUCUCUCUUCCAACAAUCUUGAAGGUCCCAUCCCAGAUGUCUUCACAAGCAUGCUUUCUCUAGUAACACUAGAUCUGUCACAGAAUCAACUUGAAGGUGGGAUACCAAAAGGCUUUCAAAACUUAUGCAGCUUAGAGUCGUUGACCUUAUGGUCAAACCAAUUGUCUGAAAACAUUGAGGACUCUGUUAAAACCUUGUCUUGUGCUGAGAACACACUUGAGACCUUGGACUUGAGUUAUAACCAAUUUUGGGGGUACUGGCCAGAUUUGAAACGUUUUUCAAAGUUAAGAGUGUUAUGGCUUUCCGAGAAUCAACUAAAUGGGUCUGUACCCGAGAGUGUUGGGCAACUCUCUAGCCUUGAAACAUUAUAUCUCUCCGGGAAUUCUUUGAGUGGUGUCAUAACAGAAGCCCACUUUUUGAACCUCUCUCGUUUACAGAGUUUGGAUCUUUCUGGUAAUCGUUUCUCUAUCAACCUGAGCUCUGAUUGGAAUCCACCAUUUCAACUUACUGAUUGGUUAGGCAUGUCCUCUUGCAAGGUGGGCCCAGCUUUUCCCAAGUGGAUUCUAAGGCAGACAAAUAUUACCUAUCUUUUUCUCUCUAAUGCUGGACUAUCAGGAAAACUGCCGAAUCUGUCAUCGACAAGCUUGCGUUAUGUUAACUUGUCUUCUAAUCUAUUUUCUGGCGCAUUGCCAUCAUUUUCUCCUAUGCUACAAUACCUGUAUCUCUCGAAUAAUAGGUUUUCAGGACCUUUGUCUUCCUUAUGUGCAACGCAGGCUCCAAAUUGGGAGUAUCUUGACAUUUCUAAGAACCUAUUGUCUGGGGAGCUUCCUAAUUGUUGGAUGCAAUUUCAAGAAUUGCAAGUGUUGGAUUUGGGAAAGAAUAAAUUAUCUGGAAAAAUACCAAGCUCGUUAGGCAAUCUACAGGGAAUCGCGAUAUUGCGUUUACAUGAUAACAACUUUUCAGGAGAAUUGCCUUCUUUAGAGAACUGUACCCAACUAUUGAUGGUUGACCUUGGCAACAAUAAGUUGUCGGGAAAGAUACCAACAUGGAUUGGCCAAAGCCUAACAGACUUGCUGAUUCUACGCUUACGGUCCAAUGAGUUCAAUGGAAUCAUACCCUUCUCACUGUGCAAUCUAGCCACCAUUCAUGUCUUGGACCUCUCUCACAACAAUAUUUCAGGAGGCUUGCCACAUUGCUUCAAUAACAUAACCGCCUUGGCUGAUGAUUCGGGAGUUGGUGGUUUUAUUGUGGAACUUGUGUGGAAAGGAAUAGAAAUUGAGUUUCCCAAUAUUACAGGUUUGAGAAGCAUUGACAUUUCAAGCAACUAUUUGAUUGGGAAAAUUCCGCAAAGCAUAGCAAAUAUGACACAGUUGAUUUCUCUGAAUCUGUCAAGAAACAAUUUGAUGGGAAAGCUUCCUGAAAACUUUGGUAACUUGAAGAUGUUAGAAUCUCUUGAUUUGUCAAGAAACCAGAUAUCUGGUAAAAUUCCUGCAAGUUUUGCGAGCUUAAACUUUCUUAGUGUCUUGGACUUAUCAUACAACAACUUGUCAGGAAGAAUUCCAACUAGCACUCAACUUCAAAGUUUUGAUGCUUCUAAAUAUAUGGGAAAUCAUGGACUUUGUGGACCACCGCUGACACCAAAUUGCUCACGAGAUGGAGCAACUCAAGCUGAUGAUAACAAAGAACAUGAUAAAGAUGGUCUCAUAAGCCUGGGAUUCUUUAUCAGUUUUACUGCUUAA